AAGAGAAAGAGAAGGAGAAAAGCAAAAGGUGCCUCAUCCUCAUGGGACUGUGAAGAGAAAGAGAGUCUAAAUUGGAAACAAAGAAACCUUUACAUCAAUUAAAACACCAACAACAACAACAACACAGAUACUCUUUCUCCUCUCUCUCUCUCUCUCCAUCUUCUGGCUGUGAGUUACUGGUUUUGGUUCUCUAGAUCUUUUCUGUCAGAAGGCAACACAGCAGAUAGCUGGGAUUGAAUUGAUUUCGUAUAGAUUCUUUUGGGAAGUUGAGGGGGAUUUGAUUGAUUGAUGGCUGAAUUGUGAAAGAGUUCGGUUUCCAGUUUUCGGAAUUUGGAGUGAGAAAUUGUUUGUGGUGGGGAAGCAAGCAAGAAGAAGAAGCGAUGGCUGCGGCAGCAGGAGGAACAGCAUUGUCGUUUUCGGUUGCGUCGAUGGUGGAGGACGUGCUUCAACAGCACGGCACUCGCCUCGGCGAUCUUAAUUUGGAGUCUCGAAAAGCUGAGGAAGCCGCAUCAAGGAGAAAUGAGGCGGCCGGGUGGCUUCGAAAGAUGAUCGGCGUUGUUGCCGCUAAAGACAUGCCGGCAGAGCCUUCGGAGGAAGAGUUUAGGCUUGGAUUGAGAAGUGGGAUAAUCCUCUGCAAUGCGAUCAAUAAAGUUCAACCUGGAGCUGUGCCCAAGGUGGUAGAAAGUCCAUGCGAUUCAGCUUUGAUCCCCGAUGGGGCGGCUUUGUCUGCGUUUCAGUACUUCGAGAAUGUGAGGAACUUCCUUGUUGCUAUCGAGGGGAUGGGGCUUCCCUCGUUUGAGGCAUCUGAUUUGGAACAAGGAGGGAAAUCUGCAAGAGUUGUAAAUACGGUUCUGGCGCUUAAAUCUUACAGUGAGGGGAAACAGACCGGGGGAAAUGGCAUAUCAAAAUUUGGUGCAAACAUAAAACCCACUACUUCUGCGGCAAGGCCUUUUGUAAGGAAAAAUUCGGAGCCAUUCACGAAUUCGCUGUCAAGAACUUCCUCAAUGAAUGACAAAUCCUUGAGCGCUCCGUCCUCUGAUCUUAAUUCUAAUAAGAUGCCUAGUUCUCACUCCUUGAGUAUGCUUGUUCGCGCAGUUCUAUUAGAUAAGAAGCCUGAAGAAGUUCCGAUGUUGGUAGAGUCUGUGCUAAGCAAGGUCAUGGAGGAAUUUGAGCAACGUAUGUCCAGCCAAUGUGAAUUGACAAAACCAAGUCCAAAAGAUGUGGCUGUUUCGCAUGGAUACAAGUUUCCAAUGAAAUUCGCUUCUGGUGAUAAAAAGGUGGAAGACAAAUCACUUGUCAAUACAAAGCACAUCUCGGAUGAGGAAUCAAAAAGUCGGCUGCUUAAACAGCAAAUGAUCUUUGAUCAACAACAAAGAGAUGUUCAGGAAUUAAAGCAAACUCUUCACGCUACCAAAUCUGGUAUUCAGUUUAUGAAAAUGAAGUUCCACGAGGAGUUCCACAAUAUUGGUUUACACAUUCAUGGCUUAGCUCAUGCAGCGAGUGGAUAUCACAGAGUUCUUGAAGAAAAUCGAAAGCUUUACAAUCAAGUUCAAGAUCUCAAAGGAAGUAUCAGGGUUUAUUGUCGAGUGAGACCCUUCUUAUCUGGAGUAUCAAACUGUUUAAGCACUGUGGAUCAUAUAGAAGAUGGAAAUAUCACUAUUAACACCCCAGCAAGGCAUGGGAACGGACACAAGUCCUUCAGUUUCAACAAAGUAUUCGGGCCAUCUGCAACCCAAGCUGAUGUCUUCUCUGAUAUGCAACCACUGAUUCGGUCCGUCCUUGAUGGUUACAAUGUUUGCAUAUUUGCAUACGGGCAAACUGGAUCAGGCAAAACUUACACUAUGAGUGGACCCAGAGAACUUACAGAGAAAAGCCAAGGUGUAAAUUAUAGGGCAUUGGGAGACUUGUUUUUUAUAGCAGAUCGAAGAAAGGACACUUUCCGGUAUGAUGUUUCUGUUCAAAUGAUUGAGAUCUAUAACGAGCAAGUACGAGAUCUCCUUGUUACUGAUGGGAGUAACAAAAGAUUAGAAAUUCGUAAUAGUUCUCAAACAGGUCUCAGUGUGCCAGAUGCAAAUCUUGUUCCUGUAUCAUCAACAUCUGAUGUUAUCGAUCUGAUGAACCUUGGACAAAAGAAUCGCGUUGUGGGUGCAACUGCCCUAAAUGACCGUAGUAGUCGUUCUCACAGUUGCUUGAAUGUUCAUGUUCAAGGAAGGGAUUUGACAUCUGGAGCUAUUCUUCGUGGCUGUAUGCAUCUGGUUGAUCUUGCAGGAAGUGAGAGGGUGGACAAAUCUGAGGUGACUGGGGAUAGAUUAAAAGAAGCUCAACAUAUUAACAAAUCACUCUCAGCUUUAGGCGAUGUUAUCGCUUCCCUUGCCCAAAAGAAUCCACAUGUUCCUUAUAGAAAUAGUAAACUAACACAGUUGCUCCAAGAUUCACUUGGUGGACAGGCCAAGACACUUAUGUUUGUUCACAUAAGCCCUGAGCCAGAUGCUGUUGGUGAAACAAUAAGCACGCUCAAAUUUGCAGAGCGAGUAGCCACAGUUGAACUUGGUGCAGCCCGAGUAAACAAAGAUAGCACAGAUGUCAAAGCUCUCAAGGAACAGAUUGCAGGUCUUAAGGCACAACUAGCCAGGAAAGAGGAAGCUGAACGCAAUCAACCCCCAGUCUCUGGCAGCUCUGAUAAAUACAGGAUGAAAUCUGGUGAGAUGUCACCAUUUCAUUCUAACCAUCAGGGUACAGACAUGAUGGGGGAUCAGAAUGGUUGCCAGACACCAAUGAUCAAUGUAGGCAAAAUUCAGAUUAACGACAAUUCUGCUUCGAGGACAAAAAGACAAAGCUUUGAUCUUGAUGAGCUACUAGGUAAUUCAUCUCCCUGGCCCCCAGUUGAUAGUCCUAUUCAGAACUGUGGAGAGGAUGAUAGAGACAUGAGCUCGGGCGAGUGGGUUGAUAAGGUUAUGGUAAACAAGCUAGAAGCAAGCAGAGCUGGAAAUCCUUUAGGAUCAUGGGGAGCAGACAGUGGGAAUUUAUCUGAUGGUUUCUACCAGAAAUAUCUCCAGGAUUCUUCCAAGGUUUAUCCAGAACAAUCCUACAAUAUGUUCGCGGGAAGCAACGGGUUCAAUGUUGCUAGCACCGAUGACAUGGAUGAUCUUGAUGCUGCCACCAGUGACUCUUCAGAGCAUGAUUUGCUCUGGCAAUUCAAUCAAACUAAACUUACUAGCAUAGCCAAUGGGAUUGCGUCGAAAACCAAGAAACCUAAUGGAAAGCCAAUGAAAGGCCUAGAACCAAGCAAGAGCUUUAAUCCUUCUCUAGGCCCUUCACCGUCACGAAAACCUUUGAACGGGGUACCACCACAUCGGACUGCAAGGCAGCCAGUUCCGGCUGAGAUGAAACGCAAAGCUGGGAGUAGAAAGUAGAGGUGUUAUAACUCGAUACAUUGACGGAGUGAUUCAGGUUUUUUUUUUCUUCUUUUUUUUUUUUCAAUGAUUUCUUUGAUUUAUUACGGAGAGAGAGGUUUUAAUACAUUCUUGUUAUAUAUAUACAAAGUUAAAGUGAAGCAAUAAAUCCAGUUGCUUGUAUAUGUUUAAGAGUGAGUUCUGUUGACAAAUCCUGCCAGACUUUGGUGUGGAUGACAUAUAAUCCCUGUUUAUAAAUUUUAUAUUUUCCCA